AUGGAUGUUGCAGAGCUUUGUGACUUCCUCGCCUUGCGAGGAUUGCCAUGUUGGAUAAUCGACCAGCUACAAAAUGGCUGUGACUAUGUUUCAUCAGAGGAGCCUGGCCGAGGGGCACCAGGAGAAGAGCCCUUCACCAACGAUCGAUUAGCAAAGCUGGGCAUUGCACACCCUCUUCAUCGUCGACGAAUUCUGCGGGAGCUACAGUGUCUACAGUACUUGAAGAAUCCAGACAGCCUGGCACCAUUGUCUGGCGAACGUUCGUGUCGGGCAAAUUCUCGGUCUCAAGGCUCGCAGGGGCUGCGUGAUUUGCAGGAGUUUUGUUUGAAGCGGCCACAUCGUUCAAUGCGGAAGGGUUCUUUCAUACAAGACAAGCGGUGGCCAUUCCUCUUGAUUGAGUGCUUUGUUCCAGACUCGUCUAAACCGCGUUUUGGUGCGGCCGCAGCCACAGACCCUUGUGCUCCACCAAUCCUGACAGCAUCGUCACACGCGAAACGUCGGCAGCUCAAGGCGUCUACCUUGCUUGGAGCAUCCGAAAGCACCGAAACACGGCCUGAUGCAGUUCCCGAGACCUCGCAUUCAACUCAAAGCUUCCUCGCUGGUGCAGCACCAGGAGCCCAGCCCUCAGAGCUCCCAGAUGCAGAUUCGGAGGACUUGGAUGCAGAGGAGGCGGAAGAGGACAACGGCAUGCGUUGGGAGGAUUGGCUUCAGAGCCGCUUACACUCCUGGGGAAUGCUGUCGCUGGUGGACGAAGUCCUUCAUGUUGCUUGCAUGGGGAAUUUGUCAGCUUGCGCAGAUAUGAUGGCAAAGGUGGCUGUGCACGGCAGAGAGUUCGAGCAGUCUUUGGCCAAGACGCCCUUGCCACCAUACAUACAUAGUGCUCUGACAGUGCCACCAAAUGUGGUCCCUCCAACAAACAUUUGGGACUGGCUGCUUUGGCGAAGGGAGUUGUUGGAGGACGCGGAAUAUCGUGUAGCCACUCUCAUCGGCAAGGCUUCGAACCUCGUGGAAGCUGUGGUGGGAGCUUCCGCCAGAGGUCCAAGUCGAACCGAAUCUAUCAAGCAUCACCAUUCCAGGUCAGAAGACAGGCGCAAGACAUUAAAUGUCAAGAAGCUCAUGCAAGGGCACGGUAUGCCCACCUUGCCAGCCCCAGAAGCCCCAGCCCGGAACAGCAGCAUCAGCAGGAACAAUAGCAUUAGCAGCCAAGCACCAGGGAGAAGCAGCAGUGUCAACAGCCAGAUCAACGACAACGUUUCUGAGAAAGCAGGAGGACAGUCAGGAUUGCAAAGGUUCAAGAAGAUUGCGAGCUUGGUUCUCUCACACGUGCGCGCAAAAAAGCAAGAUGGCAUGGUGUUGAACACCAAGCUUCUGACGUGCAUUUCAAUGCAAACUAAAGUAACACAGACACAGAACGAGCUGGUGGCUCUUAUGAAGGAGGUUGAUGAGUGGCCACCUCUAAUCAGCCAGAGCCGAAGCAGCUGCGAUGACAUGCGAAGCCGGUUGCGUGAGGCCUCGCAAAUCCUCUUUGAGCGGUUCGUGGAUCUACGGCAGCAUGUAGAAGUAGAACUGCGCGAGCUGACGCUCGGUGAUCAAGGUGUGGUAGAUUGCCCGCAGCUUGAGAGCAAGAUCGUUGACGUGCAGCGUGAACUGUCAAGCACUCUACUGCUGGGCGACUUUGCGUUGCAGAGGGCAGAGCAGCUGGGCGUGAGUUUGCAAGCUCAGGGCAUUGCACCUCCACCAAACCCGUGGGAGGGGUGCGUGCAUCCAGUCGAACCUCCCUGGGAAGCAAGUUUUUUGCGAGCAUUGCGAAAACUGGAGCCGCUCAAGCGGAACUUGAACGUGCGUCGUCAGGGGACAGCCUGUGUGGAAGUGGUUCAUACAAAGUCCGAGAAAAGAAGGACUUUGAAGAUGCCACCACAGCUUCGGCCAGGUAUGUCAGUUCCAGCAGAGUUAAUGGCGCAAUUGAGUAGCCGGUAG